AUGUCUAUUGCCGAAGUACCCCGUUCAUACGCAGCCCGAACGCAAGACGCCCUUGCGCGGAAAUUCCCCAACUGGAAACCCUCCCGAGAUUCCACCGUCGCGUCUGAGAGGGCUACCAGGACUGGCGCUUCAAGCGAGAUCAUUGUGCAUCAUGAUGAGCUUCUCGAGUUCUUCCUCAGCUGCAACUGGAUCCUGCGACCAGAAGGACUCAAUGAUUUCUAUGCAGCGCUGCAUCAGGAACUGACGAACCCAGAGAUCACGUAUGAUGCUGGCUACGGCGGCUUUAGGAUCCGAUGCCCGACUCAGUCUGAGGAGAAGAUGGUAGAGAUAGCCCAGCAAGUCAUGGAUCGUAUCGUCAGACAGGAACUCGCCAAAGAUGAGCCAGACAAGAUCAUGCACAUUGCCGAAUGGCGUGCCAAGGGUGGGUUCAGCGGAAUAGAUGAGACAGAAAAGCGACAGUACGAGAAAUACGCGUUUCCUCUCCAGGUCGCAGCUUGCGAGCAGCGCGGCAAAUGGACCCUCCCAGACCACCUGGUCAAAGAGGGAAUGUCGACAAGAACCAUGCUCCCUGGAAAUGCACUGGCUAACAUCCAGGGCCUGACCGGGUCCUUGGCCCUGAUGAGCUACGAUGGCACUACAGUGUAUAUUGGCGCUCCCACCCAGGAGGCUGUCGCUGUCGUCUUGAACAAGCUCGAUACCAUUGCUCAUUAUUUCUCACUACCACAAGGAUCCGAGGGAAAGUUCGAGUGCUUCCUGUACGCCGAAGGCGGUUCCGGGGUGGAGGGCGAGUUCCGGUAUUUGUACCACGCCGACCGGAAAUCACUGCGGACCUACUUUCUCGACCGCACCAGCAAACUUCCUUACAAGAGAUUGUUCGAGAAGGCCACAGUGGUCAAGCUGCUGCCCUCUUUUCCCCAGGGACCGGCUAGUGCUGCCUCAUUACCGCAAAAGCCGAGAGACGUGGGUGAAGCCACACAGCCCUACAAGGCCUUUCUUGGCUGGCAAUACCGACACAAAGAGAGGGUCAUGGAAGAAGAGCCUCCGCCCCAGGCCCAUUCACCGAGUUUCCAGGCCAAGACAAAUCCUUUGGUCGAGACCUGGGUCGAACUACUCCCACAAGUCUACGCCAAUUCUACGUUGACGGAUGUCGCCAAGUCUACAUUCACGGGUGCCCAGCAAGGCUCAUUGAUGCCAGCAAGCAAGAACCGCAAAACUGGAGGUAGUGUCAAGCCUAGUACCAGCACAAGUCAUGCUACUGAGGCCAAUGGCAAGUCUCCCGAAGUAAAGCAGCGCCCAUCAGGCACGACCGACUUCAGCCGCGUUGAACCUACAUCCCGAGAAACAAACCCGACGCCCGAUGAAGCUUGCAGUCAUCCUGGAAAACAGAAGAACAUGCCGUCUCAUUACCAAUUGACACAGCACCGUCAGCAGCCGGACUCUGGAAGCGUGGCUAGCACAAACUCUAGUAGUGAGGCUCCAGCUGGACGUGGAUGGGUACUACCACGUCCCACGCCGUUCACCAACCCCCUGUGGGGUCGUAGUACGGCCGAGGGCUUUGCGCAGAAAGAUCAUCGCUUAUCUUUGGGAACAUCGGUUUCCAAGGAACCUGAAGACUCAGCUAGGGAGGACAGAAACAGAAUCUUGGCAACUGAAGUCGCCAAUUUCAACAAGAAUUUCGCUAGAGUCGCGGCAGGCACGGCUGACAGCGACAAAAAACACUCUGGUAUGCCUCGAACAUAUGCAUCUGCCGUUCAGAUCGGGAGGAAGCACACUCAUACGAGCCUCACAAAUGAUCCGUUCGCCAACCUUUGGAAAGGAGCUCGUUCCGCGAGUAUUCCUAGUUUCGGGACCCCGAAGCCCACUCGCAAGGCCACUCACAAGGCCAAUGAUAGCCUCAUAGAGUUGUCACCAGCGAGAGUCCAGCCAAAGCUCCUUCGGGAUGACGAAAGAUCAUCGCGAUCAUUCUACGACACUAUGCGCCAGACAGCAGGAUCUAGGCGCAUGGGUGACAACAAGAUCCAAGACCCCGAACCCCAGCUGAUGCAGACUAUGAACGAGAAGCUUGUUCGGCUGAUGAGCGUCCUCCGGAUGUUUCCAGGCGACAUCUCUCUGAAGGCCGAACUCGGUCGCUUUUGCUUCACCAAGAUUGAUCCUUCGUAUGUACAGCUGCCGAAUCAGAGUACCAGAGGCCGACAGCACGCCUUGAGCGUUCUUGAGGGUUCCAUCAACCGUCAGCACACAAAUGCAAAGCAGGUGUUGUUUACGAAGAUUCUCUCUACGCAUGGAGGAGAUGCGAACUUGAUCGCGCAGUUGACGGAACCCAAUGCUCAACCAGAAUCUGAACCCACAAGAAUGUGGUCACCGUUACCUGAUAGCCGACGUACGGUCUACGAAAUCCCGUGCGAGUCCAUUACGAAGAGCGGUCUUCCAUUCCCAUUCAUUAUCGACGUCAAUGGAGAUGAUUUCACGUUUCGUAUCAGACAAGCGCUUCCCGACAACCAUUCUCUGGCAGUCCACUGCACGAAGCGUGUGUGGGAUUUCAGACUAUUGCUUUCAUCAUCCCAAAACCUGGAAAAGAUUUACGGGAACUUUGCCAGGGACCUCGUGCGCUCUCUGCGUGUGUUGCCUCAGAGGGGCGGGAUUCCCGUAUUGCAGCUCCUGAACAAUAGGGCGUACAACGUCAUCAUCGGCCUUGUCCGAACUCGCAACAUCGCGUCGUACUCGAGAGCUGUAUCACGGAAUCAAACGAACAUCCUCGAGAUUUCUGAAGUUUGGGAUAUGCAGAUGGCAGCCCCGGUCGAAACCGAGGACGGCGUGGAACUGACAUUUGACGAGUUCCGUGGCAACAAGCAGUCGGGACACGCGGCAACGUGGUAUGAAGCUACGAUCCAGUCCAAGAUGGUCUCCGAGGCUCUCUGCGAGAAUCGGGAUCUCGAGUUUGGGGAUGAAGCCAGCUGGACCGCAGAGAAGUUCCAAGAAUCGGGAGCUUUCGACGAGCUCAUCCGAACCACAACAGACGUGGUCAAGAGAAUCGACAGUGUCGGCCAGUGGGAAGACAAUUACCAAGAUGCCAUGAUUCAUCCGAUGCCGCCCGAAACCCGCAGCGGGGAAAUCAACCUACCCAGCGAAGCGAAGAAUCACCAGUUCCAAUACUGGUGA